AUGUCCUACAAUCCUUCCUACCUCUACUCCCGCUUGCGGGACACCAUCCCAGCUGCUCUGCCGUGGAGUGGCGGGGACCCCUCCGUCAAAGGCGAUCCCAAAAAGACGGUCAAAUGGAUCGAUGGUCUCCGUGGGAUCGCGUCGUUCUUGGUCGUCCUCACCCAUCUGGCACGAGCCUGGGACUAUGAUCUCUUUUCGCCGCGAGACGGCCCCGAUAUUCCUCCCCGACUCCUCCAGUACCCCGUCUUGCGCAUUCCAUGGCAGGGUCGUAUUGGAGUCACCAUCUUCGCCUUCCUCACCGGUUAUGUCUGCGCUCUCAAACCCUUGAAGCUGUCGAGAGCCGGCAACACCAGUUCCGCCUUCACCACCAUCGCCAAGAGUGCCUUUCGCCGUCCGCCGCGUCUGAUCUUCCCCGCGACCAUUGCGUUGCUCAUCUCCUGGACCAUCGCCCAGUUUGGAGGCUUCACGGUCGCUAACCGCUCCGACUGCUGGUGGUGCCGUUAUGCCGCCCCCGAUCUGGAGGACUCGCUGUACAAGGAAGUCAUCCGGCUAUUCCAGAACUUCCUGAGCACGUGGACCACCGGCUACAUGGCGUACGAUGAUCACCAGUGGGCCUUGCUGCCGUUGCUGCAAGGAUCGAUGUUGAUCUAUAUCCUGCUCUUUGCCACCAUGUUUUGCCGAUACCGAUGGCGUCUCCUGAUCUGCAUUGGCAUGAUCCUGUAUUAUCAUCAAGACGCCGCUAAGGACACCGAAACCUUCCAGAUGCAGUGCGUUUAUGGAAUGCUUCUCAGCGACCUGUCCUAUGAGAUCUCCUUCAAGGAAUUCCUCGAGAAGUAUCGCUGGCCUCGACGGUUCGUCGCUCUGUGUCUGGUCACGGCUGGUCUCUUCAUCGCAUCCUAUCCCGGCGAGCACCCGGAAUGGUCCUCGUGGUCGAACUACAUGUAUGAGAUGUCUCAGUAUCUUUUCCCUCCGGAGGUCAACAUUGGGAAACGCUAUACAGCUCUUGGCGUGGAUAUGAUCAUCUUUGCCAUCUACAUCUCGCCCACGACGAAGGAGUUCCUCUCGAAUCGGUUACUGCUCUGGCUCGGGAAGCAGAGCUUUGCGGUCUACCUGGUCCACGGGACCUUGUUGCGCGUGCCUCUCGUGUGGAUGCUCUACGGGAUUUCCGGGGAGCCGUGGGAGGAGACGGUGGACGAGAACGGCAACGUGAUCCCGCCGGCCUGGCUCCCGCUGCGUCCCCCGUGGGUGGUCGCCAUCAGUAUCCCUUGCUGGCUCAUUCUCGUGUACAUCUGCGCGUCGCUGUGGACCAACUACGUCGAUCCGUUCUGCGCCCGGAUGACGCAGAAGCUGGAGAACCUCAUGUUUGAGGAGGACGAGAAGAGUCCCGAAUCGAUUCCGAUGACCACACGGCCGAUGCCAAUGACGUGA